UUUUCAAAAAAAAAAAUAGCGAUAGAAGCUUUCGAAAAAAAGAAAAAGAAAAAGCGAUAAUAUUGCAGCUAUGGCUAAUUCGUUGUUGUUUUGUGGCAUUGCUUUACUAACAAUGGUUUCAGUGAGCAGUCUGAGGUCCGGUGGCGGCGAUCCUCGACCGGAUAUAGACAAAGUGCCUGAAUUUGCGAGAUGGCUUGUCCGGCGUGCCAAGUUUGGCACUCUAGCGAUCGUGCAGAUGGUGGAGGUACCGGAGCCGUUCGGGUACAUCGCUUCUUACAGCGAUGGCGGCACCGGAAGCCCCUAUUUUUAUCUAUCCUCACUCGACCCGGCGGGGGCGUACGCGUCGACCAACACCGCGCUAGCUUGCCUCACGAUCAGUGAGGUGUUUAUCAAUGGCUGCGGCGGCGUGGAUCCGCAGUCGCCUGGCUGCGCCAAGGUCGCACUGACAGGACGGCUUCGUAUGCUCCCCGGAGACUCUGACGAGGGUGGCAUGGCCGAGGGCGCCUUAUUCCGCGACCACCCCGCCUUUGCCAGAUUCCCGAGGCAAAACGGCACUUUUGCCGUUUACAAGCUGGACAUCGAGAGAAUUUUCCUCGUCAAUAAGGCCGCGCCGGCGAGGGACCUCACGGUCGACGACUACUUCGACGCCUAGGCUAGCUAAGGGAGGCUGCCAUAUGUAAUAAUAUCACUAAUUAAUAUUAUCCAACUAACUUGCCUUGUUUUUA